ACAUGAAUUGUGAAACACUAUUUAUUUUUAGAUUUUAGUAACACAAGAAAUUAUACGUAUUUGUUAUGAUUUAUACUAUAAGUUAAUCUUUCUUUAUUUACUACAGUAAUCUCUGUAAGAUUAAUUUAUUCAUAUACUUUAAAAUUAAAUAAAAAUAUAUUGGUUUGCUAAGGAAAGAAGUGAAGUGAUUCGCCUUUACCUGCCUUGAAAGCUUAAAAUGUCCUCACCACGCCCAAAGAGCCCUCGAACCCCAGUUUUGCCUAAAAAAGAGGAUAAGGAAGAAUCAUUCUGGGAUAAAAUUGGUACCAUUGGCCGCAAAAAGCGAAUUAAGGAAGUGCAAGAAGUUCAAGCGGAGGGUAAAUAUGCGAUAGAUUCACCAGGAAGCCCAACUGCACCUGAGAUUCCACCUGAAGAGUACAGUUUACUUGACAAUGAAGAAAGAGCAAUAAUUGAACCAAGGUCACUUGAGGAUCCUAAGGUGAAAGAACUUAUCCAAGUACUGAUUGAUUGGAUAAAUGAUGAGCUUGCAGUACAGAGAAUUAUUGUGAAGGACAUAAGCGAAGAUCUUUAUGAUGGACAAGUUCUGCAGAAGUUACUUGAGAAGUUAACACGGAACAAGCUCGAUGUUCCUGAGGUUACACAGUCUGAGGAAGGCCAACGGCAGAAACUGGCUGUUGUUUUGAGAGCAGUCAACACAGUGCUGUAUGGAACAUCAAAGCCUACACAGAAAUGGAGUGUUGAUUCAAUUCACUCAAAGAAUGUGGUCUCCAUCCUGCAUUUGCUGGUAGCCCUUGCGCGUCAUUUCCGAGCACCAAUUCGUCUGCCAGAAAAUGUCAGUGUUAAUCUGGUUAUUGUUAAGAAGGAUGCUCCAAAUCAAUUGUCUCACAGGACGUUCAUAGAGGAUAUAACAACUAUGUAUGACGAUUUGGGAAUGAAGUGUGAACGGGAUGCAUUUGACGCUCUGUUCGACCAUGCACCUGACAAGUUGCAGGUUGUUAAGAAGUCCCUGAUAACAUUUGUUAACAAACACUUGAGCAAAGUGAACCUUGAGGUGAUGGACCUGGAUAGUCAGUUCCACGACGGGGUCUUCCUGGUACUGCUGAUGGGUCUUCUUGAAGGUUUCUUCGUGCCCCUCUACGAUUUCCACCUGACUCCUCAAGACUUCGAUCAGAAAGUCCAUAACGUGUCGUUCGCAUUCGAACUGAUGCAAGACGUUGGCCUUGCGAAACCCAAGGCUAGGCCUGAAGAUAUCGUGAAUCUAGAUCUGAAAUCAACCCUCCGUGUCUUGUAUAAUCUUUUCACCAAGUACAAGAACAUGGCAUGAAACUAUUUAUAGAUUUAAUAUUUGCCUUGUGUUAAUUCUAUAGUAUAGCUAUACUAAUCAAUUAAUUAUUAAGCUGACAUAAUAUUUUCUAUAAUUUAUUAACAGAUGUUUAUUAAUGUGCCUUAUAAUAUAAUAUUACUAAAACAAA